ACUACAACUCUAUUUGACUGUAUUCAACUUACAAAUUCAUACCUUCUAGAAACCGAAUCCCACAAUAAGUUGCAUACAAUCUAUUUCUCUGUUAGGUUUUAUAUUAUAAAAAUAAUAACUUUAUUAAAGCGCCCAAGAAAUCUGAUUUUAGCAACGUUAUCUCUUCUUUUACCAUCUUCUCAUAUAUAUAUAUAUAUAUAUAUCACAUGUAACUAAAGAGAGAUUUGUUUAAGCUUUGUGCUUGUGUUUUUGUCAUUUUCCAAGAAACAGAGAACAAAAAAAGGAUCAAGAAGAAUGAACACGAAGAACAACGUCGUCGAAGUGUCAACAUUUUUGCUGUUCGAAGCAUCUGGAGAUUCCGAGAGCCAUCAUCAGGAACAUGGCCACGAAGGCGAUGAUGCGAAAGGUCGUGAAGAUCAUGGUGAUGAUGCCGAGUCAUGCAGGUGCGAGACGUCAACGAGCCAAAGGACGAGUAGGUCAACUAAUCUUGACCCGGUUGGUCAAGAAGAAGAAGAAGAAGCAGAGGUCGCCGGAGAGAAUGAGGAUCACGAUGAUGGAGAAGGAGAGGUGAAUAGUUAUCGGAGAUGGCCGGAGAGGACAGACCGUGAUUCAUCUUUGACGGGAAGUGACGAGAGGUUGAUUAGUGAGAUUGAAAAGAACCGAAUGUUUUGGGAAGCUUGUUUGGCUUCUUAAUAGUAUUGUUUUGAUUGACUUAAUUAUAGCAACAAAACAAAAAUGAUACUAGUGAUGAUGACUAGUAUAGUAUACAACAUAACAUUAUUUCAGGGUGUGUGUUUAAUUUGAAUGUAUUGAUUUAAAAUACCUUUGUUAGAGAUAUUGUGAUUUCUCGACAUUUUUUCUUCCCUUUUCCCGUUUAUAUAUAGUUUUUUUGUUCAGUUCAUCGUA